CAGCGCGCUGGGCUGAGCACAUAGAUCGUGCGCAUUGCCAUAAGGACGCUCAAAGACAUCGGCUCCAGCCGAGCAACCAGUGGACAAAGCAAAGCCAGCGCUGUCGACGCGUACAACCUCUGCCCUCACACACUGGCAGGCAGCCACUAAAAAGCAAAGCGUCGGCAGCCAAGCAAAAGGUGAAAGCGAUGGACGACGACGACGCCGCCGAAGUGGCCCUCCCCCUCAAAGUCCUCGUGCUCGGAGAUCCAGCAGUAGGCAAGACGGCGUACGUAAGACGAUUGGUACGAGGCCAGGGUUUACUAGGAGAGGCCGGCAAGCAAUCGGUACCAUCCGAUUGCUUCAAGAAGGGCUACAAGCCGAGCAAGGGCGUCGACUUCGCGUUAAAAGAGUUCGAAGUCGAUGGCCGGACAGCAAGACUCCAGGUCUGGGACGCGUCCGGAGAACACGCGCGACGAGGCGAAGUGCCCGACGUCUACUACCAGGACGCCUUCGGAGCUUUGUUAGUUUAUGAUAUUACAAGACCGACGACCUUCGACACAGUACUAGAUUGGAAGCGCGACAUCGACGAAAGGAUGAUCCUGCCGACGGGCGAGGCGCCACCCGUGUUGUUGGUGGGCGCCAAGUGCGACUUGGAGACGGCCUCGGCAGAUACCGCAGAAUUAGACCGCUUCUGCGCGGACCACGGCUUUUACGGAUGGUUCGACGUCAGUGCCAAAACGGGUUUUAAUGUGGACACGUGCGCCCGCUGUCUCGCGGAGAAGAUCUUGGAUGACGAGUACAACAUCGACCAUAAAGUGGGCGAGAACGCGCGGUUCCGGCCCGCGGACGUCUUCGCGCCGGACGCGGAGGAAGGUAGUUAUUGCGCGGUGGCGUAAGGCGAGC